CUCGUCGAAAAUUAAAGGUCUCCCAUCAGACAUCAAGUAGUCCGUAGUCCCGAGAUCCGUUCGCAAUUUCGACUCGAAUAAAACCAAUAUACACAUGCAUAUAAAUAAACAAAUAGAAGGAAUCCUCAGAGAAGUGUGUUUCAAAAACCAAACAACUUUCUUACGUUUGUGUUAAAAACAAAAAGUUGAGCGUUGAGCUCUCUCAAAUCUAAAACUCCGCGCUCGCUCCACGCUAUUUGUUUGCCCAGCUGCUGUUGUUGCUGUUGUUGACGGAAAUUGAUUGGUUGUGUAAAUUGGAAAGUGCACGAAAUCGCGAGCGCAUAACGGUACAUGUAUACACACACAAGCAGCACACGCACACACAUGGGGGCCGUGCUUUUUGUUUGAUGUCCCAUUUGGCGGAUUAAAGACAAAGAAGAGACAGAAAAGGAGGAGGAGGAGGACGUCGACCAGGAGCGAUGACCACGCGGGAGAAUGUGGUCGCCAGUCGCCUGUCCAAGCUGAUGCUCAGCAGCAGCAGCGGGAAUGGAAGUGGAAGUGGAAGUGGGAGCUCCAACAACCAGGUGCCACCAUCGCCCACCUCGCCCGGAGAGCAGUCCCAGUCCCAAUCCGAGCUGAACCAACUGAAGCGAGACGCUGAUCCGCAAUUCUCGCGCUUUGCCGACUACUUUGUGAUAUGCGGACUGGAUCUGGACACGGGCCUCGAGCCGGAUCGUUUUGCGGGGGACAACCUGCACUGCUCGCCGCUGGACCGCGCCUACAAGAGCAAGCCUUUGGCCCACUAUCCCGAGAAUGUGCCCUGGAACCCCUUCGAUGCCCACGGCAUUUGCAUGCUCUCCCUGCCCCAGGGUCUGCGCUUCCGCACCCAGAAGCAUAACAUUGAGCCCAGAUUCCACUCGUUUGCCACCACGCGGGAGGAUGGAAAGCGCUGCUAUGGGUUCAGCCUGGUGUUCUACGAGGAGAUCCGCAACAGGAACAUUUGCGGGGCCAUACACACGCUGCAGAGCAUGUUCAUCACAGAGCUGUCCAAUGGCCAGCAGACGCACUCGCUCAGCCGGGUGAAGCAGGACGGUCCGGUCAGCCGCUCGCUGCCCAGGCACUUCAAGGUGGCCGGCCAGGCGCCGCAGUCCGCACAAAGCUACUACGACAUCAACAAGGACAAGUUGUACGUGGCCAAGAGCAUCACGCUGAUUUGCCAGGCUCCCUACGCCUUUGCCGCCCAAUUGUUUCUCAAGAAUCUCUACAGGUGUCUUCCGCGGCAGCCCGGUGCUGGCAUAAGCUUGGAGUCCUACGUGUACAACAUUCUCUACGAAGUUAUGCUGCCGCAACCGGGCAAGUCCAUCCGCGUUUACCUGCCGCCCACAGAGCCGCAUCUGCCCGCCAUCGCCCUGAUACUUCAGCGUCCGCUUCUGGCUACCGAGUUGCCUCUCCUUGACUUUCCACUGCGGCUGCUUUUCAAGUACCUGGGCGUGGAAUGUGUCAUACAGCUGCUCACGUGCGUCCUUCUGGAGAAUCAAGUCCUGCUGCGGUCCACAGACUACCAAAGACUUAUGAUCGUGGGCGAGUGCAUUACCUCGUUGCUGUUUCCCUUCGUUUGGCCGCACGUAUAUGCUCCUAUUCUGCCGGCCGCGCUCCACCACUUUUUGGAUGCGCCGGUGCCCUUUGUGAUGGGACUGCACGCCGAGUGCGAAGCGGCUCAUAAGAUAGGCAGCGAGGCCACCCUCUGCUUCGUGGACAUCGACAAGAAGCACAUCCAGCUGCCCGAGGAGCUCCCAGUCUUUCCGCACAAGAUGGACUUUAUGGCCGAGAUCGGUUCGGUGCUGGACAAGUUCGAGAUCGAACGGGACCGCGAUCAUGAGCCCAGCUUUAGAAAUGGCUAUGUGGGCAGGGGAGCUGGUGGAGGGAUUGGAGGAUCCGUAAGUGGUGGAGCAGGUGGUGUCGACGCCAUGAUCUCCAGCUGCACCCUGCCCACCGGCUUGCAGGCAGUGCGCCGCAGCAAGGAGCGAUUUCAGCAGCUGCAGGAGACCGUCUACACGCUGUCGGGAUCGCCAGGCGGUGGCGUGGUAGACUACCAGCCGCUGAUAGCGCAUCCCUCGCGCAUCGAUCACGUGCCACGCAUCGCUGACUUUCUCCGUAGGAAAGGAGGCAUCCGGGGAGCUGGCUCCCCGGUGGGCAGUCCCACCGUCUCGCUCUCUUCCUCGCCGGUUGGCAUCUACCACGACGUGGACGCAGUGGACGCCACCAUGCCAGCCAGUGCCCGGCGCACGGAGAAACAAAAACUGACGCCGGUGGAGCAGUACUACCAAGACCUGCGCAUCAACAACUCGGUGCGGGAGAUCUUUCUCAAUCGCUUUGUGCAUAUGUUCCAUGCCUACGAGUACUUUGUGAUCUAUCCAAACCAGGCGCGGGACGAGUGGAUCUCGAACCGUGAAACGCUGCAGAACUUCGACAAAUCCUCGUUCCUGUCGGAUCAGCCGGAGCACCACCGCGCCUUCCUCUCGCGCUUCCUUGAAUCUCAAAUGUUCGCCACGCUGAUCGACAACAAGAUCCUGGCCAUGUGGGAGUCGCAGCCCGAUGAGCAGCUCCAGCUGUUCGACCAGCGCGUGAAGCUACUGAGGCGACGACACGGGGAGAACAUGAUCGCCGCAACCAGUUACGAGCCGUGCGUGCUUAGCCAGGACUCCCAGCAGGGCUUCGAGAAGCGGCUCAACUGCAUCGACAUCGAGGUGACGCCGCCCAGCGAGAUACUGGCCAACCGGGCGGCCUACUUCCGCAGCUUUCCGCUGCUCGAGAAGGGCGUCCUCAACCAGGAGUGCGCCUCGAGAGGCAACAGCCUGCGGCGGGUGAAGAACGGCAACAAGUGGCGGGCCAGAGAGAUCUCGCUGGACCAGAAGCCCGGCUCCAAUGCCAUCAAUCGACUCUCGGCCAACCUGACCACAGCGGAUGUGAGUCCAGCGCUGAUAGCCCAGGCGAACUGGACGUUUGUGGAGCGACUGCUGAAGGACAUAAAGUCGAAGACCAAGCGCAUGCUGCUCGAGAAGAUGGGCAAUGAGGCAGUGGCCCUGGGGCUAAAGGGCGAUGGCAUCGAGGAGAACACCUUGAUAGCCAGCAUGUGUGAUCUACUGGAGAAGAUCUGGUCGCACGGCCUGCAGAACAAGCAGGGCAAGUCCGCCCUGUGGGCCCAUUUGCAGGCCUACCUCGAGAUGCAGGAGGCGCGCGGGGCAGGUGAAAAUUCCGGGGCGGAGCAACUGCCGCCGGUGUCCAGCAGUCCGGGUAGCAAGAUGACCAUUGCCACAGCCUCGCCUGCGUUGGCCUGGAACGCUAUGCGCAAGCGAAUGGACUAUCUCUCCACAUUCCAAACGGACUUCGACAGUCCGCCCAGUCCAAAUCGCAGUCGCUCGCGAGAUCGGAACAAAUUCGUGGGCCUGGAGCAGCUGUGUCCCCUACCCGAGUCUCUGGAGUUCGAUGUGAAGAACGUUCUGGCCAUGGCGGACAUCAAGACGCACAUUGGCUACACCCGCGCCUGGGUGCGUCUGUCGCUGGAGAAGAAGCUGCUGUCCAGGCAUUUUCGUACCCUGCUCUCCGACGAAUCCCUGCUGCGGUCGCUGUACAAGCGAUCGGCCUUCCUGCGCUGCGAGGAGGAGAAGGAGCAGUUUCUCUACCACCUGCUAACCUUGAACACGGUGGACUACUUCAGCUUCACCAACAUUUACCCCACGACGAAGUUGCCCUACCGCGUCGUGAUCUUCCCCUCCCGCAAGUAUGGCUCCUACCACACCUCCAGCAACGUCUGGAUCAUGGUAUCCGGCACCAUGAACGAGACACAACGGGUGCCCGUGCCGAAGGGAUCCUUGGAGUUCAUCUUCCACUACAAGAACCUUGGCCUACUGACAACCAUGCGCAUUGGUCACGACAACUCGGGACCCAGCCACAAGUGGCUGGUGGAGCAGGUGGUGAUGCGCAAUGAGGUCACCGGCCACACCUACAAAUUUCCCUGUGGCCGCUGGCUGGGCCGUGGUGUAGAUGACGAUUCCACGGAGCGCCUGUUGGUGGGCCAAAGGGUGUCGACGAGUGUCAAGAAUGCAGAACUGGUACCAGGAGCGGAUACUCGCACUCCGCCCCGGACGCGCAGUCCCAGUGUGCAGCGCCAGGAGUCGCUGGCGCCUUCGGAGAUUCAGCACCAGCUGGGUAACUGCGUCAAUGUUCUUGUCAAAUGGCACUACAAACCCAGCCGUGAUCGGGAUGUGGGCACGCUGACCAACCUGCUGUGCGGGGACGAUGGACUGGUCAAGUGUCUGGAGCAGGUCUUUCUUUGCGGCUUCCGCUCGGCGAGGUUCUUUGGACGGAAUCUGUACAUCUGGGACUAUUUCACCAAGGUUAAGGAGCUCUUUGAGCACAACCUGCAGAUGGAGCUGGAGGACUCGGCGUCCAGCCUGGACUCCUCGUUCAGCAAUGGUAGCGGAAGCGGUGGCAGCAGUCUACAGCGCCGGGAGAUCUCCAGCAUCUGGCGUCUGUACGUUCAGCUGAUGGACGAGAUUAACGGAACGGCGCUCGGCAAGGACGGCAAGUUCCAGCUGCUAAUCUGCCUGAGCCUGCGAGAGCACCUGCUGACGCGGCUCAUAAAACCCAUGGCCCUGACCAAAGUCACCCACGAGAUGUACGAGGAGGAGAGCUUCCUGCGGCGCCGCAACCUUCUCACCUUUCUCAUCCAAAUCCUCGAGCCGCUGGACGACUGCCACAUAGUGCUGGAGAACUCAAUCACACAGGGCAUUCGCAUACCGUCCCAAUGCUGAGGGGCGGAUGCAUCACACCCACUGCAAUACUCAUACCACACCUCUCCCACGGACAUUUUUGCAACCAGUGACCUAGAGAAUACUCACAUACAUAUGCUCUUGAGGAAUCUCGGAACUCUCGAAUUCGUUGUUAGCUUUUAAUAUGAAGCGGCGGAACACUUUCCCCCUAUUACACCUAAUUCUAAUUGUAAUCCCAAGCCUAGCCACUUGCCAUUCGACUCGACAGCUUGCCAAGAAACCAAGUCAAACGCUGAACGUUUUGGCGGGGAUGAACGCGCCAGACCCGGGAACAUUGAAGCCAAAGUUGAACAAAAUUCCUUGUCAUCGACGCAAUCGAAUUUUAAAGACAUUUACUGUGCAAUUAAGACGUUUACUAUAAAGAAUUCUAAAAUGUUGUUCAAAAAUCUACAUAUAUAUGAAACGUAUGCGUGUGUGUAGCUAGUUGAUAAGGCCCCCAGCCCUAAACCGAAUCCAGUCAAUUCUCCUGAGUUCCAACUUCAACGGUAGCUUUUGAUUUAGUUGAUUUGCCAAAGAAUCUUUGUUUUUUUAUAACGAAUAUUUUUUAUAAACUAUGUAUUUGGUGAUUUAAGAGUGAGUGAAAUGAGAUUAUCCAAAGGUGUUUGUUAUUUUCAAGCUUUAUUUUUACAAUACAUUUUAGCCAAACCCGUUUGCAGAUAAAACCUUAAGACACUGAAAGUCAAUAAAUACGCAAAAGACAUUAAUGAAAUUUAAAAA